AUGGAGAAGGAGCUGAACGUGGAACCUUGGGAAAUGCCAGCAUUUAAGGUCCCACCGAGAUCUGUUGGACAAGAGGGGACCACCGGGGCAACUCGAGCCUUGCAGGGAGGAGGGGAAGGAAACCAGUUACAGUAUUGGCCCUUCUCCGCUUCAGACCUGUAUAACUGGAAAACUCAUAACCCGUCCUUUUCCCAAGACCCGCAGGCCCUAACAGCCCUGAUAGAAUCUAUCCUCCUUACCCACCAACCCACGUGGGAUGAUUGCCAACAGCUCCUGCAGGUCCUCCUAACUACGGAGGAAAAGCAGAGAGUCAUUCUAGAAGCCCGAAAGCAUGUCCCGGGGGCAGACGGGAGACCAACCCAAUUGCCAAAUGAGAUCGAGGCUGCCUUUCCCCUCACCAGACCUGCUUGGGAUUUCAACAAGGCUGAAGGUAGGGAACACCUACGUCUUUAUCGCCAGGUGCUUGUAGUGGGCCUCCAAGGGGCAGGGAGAUGCCCCACCAAUUUGGCCAAGGUAAGGUCAGUGACACAGGGAGCAGACGAGCCGCCCACUGUGUUUCUAGAAAGACUUAAAGAGGCAUAUCGGAGGUACACUCCCUUUGAUCCAGACAGCCCCGAUCAGGAAGUAAGUGUUUCCAUGUCUUUCAUAUGGCAAUCAGCUCCUGAUAUUAGGAGUAAACUCCAAAGAAUGGAGAAUUUACAGGGGCAAGGUCUUAGGGACCUCUUAAGGGAGGCAGAGAGGAUCUUUAACAAAAGGGAAACACCAGAGGAGAAAGAAGAAAGACAAAAAAGAGAGGCAGAAGAUAGAGAGGCAGUGAGAGAUCGAAAGCGAAAUAAAGAAUUAAGUAGAAUCCUGGCCACAGUAGUGAGAAAAGAAAAUGAAGUCAAAAUAGAAAGGGGGGGAGACCAAGGGCGUGUCCGGUUAGAAAAAGACCAGUACGCCUACUGCAAGGAAAGAGGACACUGGGUAAAGAACUGCCCCAAGAAAAAGAAGAAACAACAAGAAGAAAAAGCUGAGAUCCUCAACCUCAAUUAG